CCUUGUGGUGCUGUGUAACCCCCCAGAUGAGAUCGACCACUAACAUUCUCAUCAUCAACCUCGCCAUGGCCGACCUUCUCUUCAUCGUCUUCUGCGUGCCGUUCACUGGCUGGGACUAUACGCUCAACUACUGGCCGUUCGGAGACACCUGGUGCAGGAUCGUGCAGUACCUCGUGAUCGUCUGCGCCUACGCGAGCAUCUACACACUCGUCCUAAUGUCCCUGGACAGGUUCCUGGCCGUCGUUCAUCCCAUAACGUCCAUGACGAUAAGGACGGAAAGGAACGCGUACUUAGCCAUUAUGCUCACUUGGGUAUUGAUCCUCCUAGCGUGCAUACCGGCGCUGUACUCGCACGGCAUGAUCAUCGAGGAGGCCUACUCCUCCUGCACCUUCCGCGUCGACAAGGGGUACAACAUAGCCGCCUUCCAGAUAUCCUUCUUCAUGUCUUCCUUCGUCGCGCUGGCGCUCAUCUUCGUCCUCUACGUCCUCAUGUUGAAGCGUCUCUGGCUGGGAGUCACUUCCGGCGGACGAGUGAGCGCCGAAAGCGUUCGCUCCAAGAAGCGCGUCACCCGACUGGUCGUGGUGGUGGUGCUCGUGUUCGCCGUGUGCUGGUGCCCCGUUCACGUUGUGCUCGUGCUUAAGAGUUUAGACCUCUACGGCAGGCCCAUGAACCCGCCCCGCAUUGUCGUGCAGAUCGCGUCGCAGGUGCUCGCCUACACGAACUCGUGCGUGAACCCGUUCCUGUACGCCUUCCUGUCGGACAACUUCCGCCGCAGCUUCCGCAAGGCCAUCUUCUGCUACAGGAAGGCUUCCGGCAGAAGCGUCGGCGGCACCGGAUCAUGUAUGGCGCGUACUCGGACGCCCGACGACACCGAACGGACGGAGCGGGAAACGACGGCCACGUGCAUCACGAAGGCGUCCAACAUAUCGAACGACAUUUUGUAGUGGUUCGACAUCAUCGCAUUUGCCGGCGAAAGCCAGGCACAUGUCAGCCAUCUGAAAUCGACGCUGUAACUUAAUACUGUACCUCUCUGAGAUGCGAGACAAAUAGUUAGAACGUAUUGCUAGAGCCUGGCACAAAUACCCUAUAUUAGCGCAUGCGCAUAAACUCAAUGGUCGCUAUCCGAUUCUCUAAAGCGUUGUGAGGAAUUCCUGAAGGCGAGUCGCAUUAAUGGGUUUGCCUGUGAAAUGCACCACAUAGCCUGGUUGAUUCUAGACUGCC